GGUUUUCAGCUGUCCGAAACUUUGUACGGCGGAAGACAGGGAGGGGAAGCAGAUACCGAACACCCUGAAAACAGCAAGCGCCGUCUUCUAAAACAGGAAUAAAGUGGGCGUUUUUGAUUGGCUGGGGUUGGUGCCCAUCACCUUUACUACCGACCAACCAGCGUUGAGGGUAUAGGUCAUGCAGCCUCCAAUCAGGGUGUAGCAGAGGCGGCUUCAACACGGCUCGCUUUGUGCAGUGAUACAGAAGAUGUGUCUGGUCCCUGACACCUAGCGGGCCAUGGUGAGCCAAAUAAAGUGACAACGCGGAGUGUGGACCUCAUCUAAAGUGACCUCCUUACCAAUCUAAGCCUGCCGACACACGGAUACACCACACGGUGAAGCCAUGGAUUUCCCAGACCACAGUCGCCGUAUACUUCACAGUCUUAGAGAGCAGCAAUCGCAGGGUUUCCUUUGUGACUGUCAAAUAUCUGUGGGCACUGCACGCUUCCUGGCACAUCGUUCCAUUCUUGCCUCAUGUAGUCCCUUUUUCCAUAUGUCAUGCCGAGAGAGACCAGACACACGGGAGCUUACCCUAAACAGCCAGAUUGUCACAGCUCCAGCCUUUUCCUUGCUCCUCAGCUUUAUGUACUGUGGUAGACUCAGUUUUCAGGAGGCUCCCACUGAAGAUGUUCUGGCAGCAGCUAGCUAUUUGCACAUGGAUGAGGUUGUGAGGGUGUGCAAAAAACGUCUGCAAGGUCGAGCUCCUGCUGAGGCAGAUAGCACUCGCCGAGAAGAAGAAGGAGGAAAUGGCUGCAUGGGGGUACAGAAUGAUGGCAGAGAUGGAAGCUAUGAUGGUCAAGAUAUCAAAAUUAUGCAAUAUGAAGGACCAGAUAUAGCAGGGGAUGGCCAGAGAAUGCCUGGGAGUAUAACGUAUCACUUGCAGGAAGUAGCAGGAAGCAGCAGGUAUCAGAAGCAGGAAACGGAAAGAAAUGGACAAAAAUUACCAGGAAGUAUAAAGUAUCAGGAACCUGAAGCGUCGGGCAUUAUGCAGAGAAAAGUAGGGGUUUCUAGGUUUGAAGUACAAAACAUGAAUGAAAGUGGUCAAGGUUUAGAAGCCAGUUCUAAAUUUGAAUUGCAGGAAGGGACAGUGAGUAUUGAACCUGUUACUGGCAGUGUGAAAUGUCAGGGGCAACAGCUCUCAACUAGUAAUCAGGAGGCUGCUGGAAGCACGAGAUAUGAGGUACAGGAGAGGACCGGAAGUGAACAUAUUUCAGAAGCCAUAAGAUGUCCCCAGCAAGAGGCUGUAGAAAGUACACUUGCAUCGCCUGCUCAGAGAUUCACUUCACAGAGUCAAGAUGCAGGUUCUAAUGGACAGGUAGUACUUUCAAGAAACUCGCCAAAGAGACAGGAGCCUGCAGGUAGCACACAAAAUACUCCUAGAUAUUCCCAUCAAGGGCAGGAUAAUGCUGGCACUAGCAGUCAAAUGUUACCUACUUCUAGGUAUUUGCAACCCCAGGAAGAAGCUGGAACUACAUUAGCUGUGACGGGAAGUUCCAGAUUCCCUUUACAGGAGCCCACUGGUAGUGUUGUGGCAGUGCAAGGCAUUCAAAGAUAUUCCCUACAGAGUCCAGAAGUAGCAGUGAACACUGCAUCACAGCCUGCCACUUCCAGGUACCCUCUGCAGGAGCCAACGGGCAGUAAUCAAGGAGCUCAUGCACGUGGCAGAUACAGUUUGCAAAUUCAAGAGCCAACAGGCAGCACAGCUGCUUCUGGUCCAUCAAGAUACUUUCUGCAAAGUUCAGAAUUGGUCAACAAUGUUUUGGCACUCCCAGGUACAUCAAGGUAUACUUUACAUAGCCCAGGGUCUCCUGUGGGGAAAAGAGAAGAAAGAGAAUGUACGAAAUCUGAAUUGACAGUGACAACUACUACUCAGCCUGGAAUGGAGACGGCAGCUGCUUCUAGUCCAUGUAGUUCUACUGUAAGUGAAGGUCAACCAGCUCCAGGUGUAUCGGUAAAGAUAGAAGCCAUUGUAAUAUCUGAUGAGGAAUGUGAGAGAGCGGUAGGGGCAUUUAAACGACAUGGGUAUGAAGAGGAGGAAGAAGGAGAGGAGGAAUCUGGAUACUUGCCUUAUCAUAUGAUUGCAGUGCCAGGUGGCCACCACCCAAACUAUGGAGGUCUUCUGCCUCCCUCAAUGCACCCAGAGGCCAUGUACUUACAGGAAUUUGAAGGACAUCCUGGCUUUCCUCUUUUUCCUGAAGAUGUGCCCACUUGUAAGACAUGCGGUAAAACAUUUUCUUGUUCCUAUACACUCCGCCGGCAUGCCACAGUGCACACACGGGAGCGACCCUAUGAAUGUCGUUACUGUUUGCGCAGCUACACACAAAGUGGGGACUUGUACAGACAUAUUCGCAAAGCGCACAGUCAACUGGAACCAGGCGUCAAGAAACCGAAGACGGACAUGGAGCCCACGCCCCCAAACCUGCCUUAAAACAUGAGUGGUUGACAUUUUCUAGGCACAGCGCAGUCACUAAAGCCGUCAAUGACAAUGGUUUUCUGAGACCGAAUUUCCAGGGAGUUUCCAGAUUGGAUCUGAUGAGAGUGCAGUCCUCCCUUGAGUUACAUGGAUUUAUUAUCUGUUUUAAUUUAUUCAACCUUUUAAUGUAUGUGUGUGUGCGUGUCUAUUUUUCUUUUCUUUUUUAUUUAGAAUCAUUUCAGCUCUUCAGUACUUGUUAUGAAAUUUAUGAUUGAAAAACAUUAUCAGUUAAAAGAAUAAGUACUAAUACAACAAGUACAAUUAUUGACUUUUUUAUUACUUUUAAUUGUGGGGAAAAAAACAAGAGAAUAUUGCUACAAGCUGCUCUAUAGGUUCAUUUUGUGCUGGUGGAUCAGUGGUUCCUCCACAAGAUCCCCUGACCAACGCGUCAUUAAACGGUGUCUUUUGAUGAGCAAA